GUGAGUAUAGCAGACCAGUCAGUUGCCUUAGAACCGCGGGCACUGGCGCGUCUUAUCGAAUAGUGAAUCAUUGAGUAAAAAUGACAGAAAUAACGCAGUCGCCGAUAAGUUUUAAGCUGAAAGUGGUGCAUGUGUUGAGGUUGGUGGUAGCCGCAGUCGGAAGGUUCUUCUUCUCGAUAUACUAUGGGAACCCGACGGAGAAGCUGCCGCCGAUCACGGAUGAUAUCCUCAAACAACCGGCCGUGGAAGUUGCACGGAAAAUUAGAACUAAAGAGAUAACAAGUGUGGAGGUGUUAGAAACAUGUAUACGAAGAAUAAAAGACGUCAACUCAAUACUCAAUUGUUUUGUGGAAGACCGCUUCGAGUUGGCAUUGAAAGAGGCAAAGGCGGCCGACGAGUUGAUUCGAAGUGGCACUUCGUCUGAAGACAAGAUACAAAAAGAAAAACCAUUGCUGGGCGUCCCAUUCACUACAAAAGACUGUAUAGGUGUAAAAGAUCUACAUCAAACAGCUGGUGUGGUGAUGCGGAAAGAUAAGAUAUGCGAGGAAGAUGCAGACGUGAUAAGGCUGCUGAGGGAGAAAGGCGCUAUUAUCAUUGGCUUGACCUGCGUCCCUGAGCUGUGCAUGUGGUGGGAAACACACAACCACAUUCACGGGAGAACCAAGAACCCUUACAACACCACAAGAAUCGUCGGCGGUUCCUCGGGCGGUGAGGGUUGUCUGCAAGCAGCGGCCGGCAGCUGCUUUGGAAUAGGGUCCGACAUCGGGGGAUCUAUCCGGAUGCCAGCAUUUUUCAACGGAGUGUUUGGGCACAAACCCUCCCGGUACACAGUCUCCAAUCAUGGUCAAUAUCCUAUACCGCAAACGGAAUUACUUAACUCGUUCUUAGGUGUCGGGCCAAUGACUAGGCAUGCAGUAGAUUUGAAGCCCAUCCUUGAAAUUAUAGCUGGGGACAAGAAAACUGAGCUGAAUCUAGACAAACCCGUCGAGGUAGACAAACUGAAGGUAUUCUACCAGACGUCCAGCGAGGCUCCACUGACGGACGACGUGGAUCCCGACAUAAGAAAAGCUAUGGCUAAGGUCGUAGAAUACCUGAAGUUAAAACAUAAGAUCGAAGCUAAGGAAGUGAAGAUUGAGCGUCUCAAGAAGUCAAUGGCGUUAUGGUUCGCCAACAUGAAGACCGACGUUCCAUUUGGAUCUCACAUCAUGAAGAACCACUCCACGUUUGGAAUUAUCGUCGAAAUAUUUAAAAAUAUCAUCGGGUGCUCGGGCAACACUCUCAUAGCCCUCUUCACCGCGUUAUUCGAUAAGGGCGGAGUCGAAUUCGGCGGGCCGAAGUAUAACAGAUAUUUGAAAGUUCGAGAAGAUUUGGAAACGAAAUUCAAGGACAUGCUCGGAGAUGAUGGUGUGUUCUUGUAUCCUACGCAUCCAACGCCCGCUCCCUAUCAUAAUGAACCCUUAUUGAAAGCUAUGAACUUCUCGUACACAGCAAUAAUUAAUUGCUUAGGUCUGCCGGCGACGCACAUUCCUCUGGGGUUGAGUAGGGAUGGUCUGCCUAUUGGCAUCCAAGUUGUCGCCAACCAUAAUAAUGACAGGUUGUGCCUUGCGGUAGCGGAAGCGUUGGAUAAAGCAUUCGGAGGAUGGAAGGAACCCUAAAAUAUUAUGUGAAUAGGAUUUUUUAAUAUA